AUGUCUACCACUCAGCUCACCAGCUCUGCCCUCCGAACCCUCGUCCCUCUUGAAGACAUCCCUCCUCUUACUCUCGGCAAGACCACCCGCGCGUCCUCUUUCGCAUCUUCUACCACCUCCACUUCGUCAAUCUACUCUCGGGCUGCCGAUGAUCUUAUUGACAGGUUCGCUACACAUCAGCCCCAGACGCCCAUUCAUCUUUGGUCGGGAGGUAACGUUCGACUCGGGAACAUGGACCUUACUCUCACCACGCACGAUGCUGAGCUGUUGAUGCACGCUAUGAAUGGCGACGAACGCUUCGAUUUUGUCAAGUUGACUUUUUUGGAUGAGGAUCGUGAAGAGUGGAAGAUCUCCUUCAUGCGCUCUCAGGUGUCUUCCAUCAGCCCUCCUUCUUCUGUCUUUGAGUUCUAG